GCAGCCUAUGCUGGACAUCAAGCACCCCUUAGUUAGCCAUCUCCCUUCGAUAAGCGAGAUGGCGAUGAGUGACGCUGUCAUGAUCUGCGAGAAGGUACUGAAUGAUGCCAAAGGUCGAGUGGCCACUGUCACCACCGUGGUGGAGGAGACUCGCCAGCAACUCAGCGUCCCACAGGACUUUUUGUUCGACGAUUUCGUGGAUUUCGCUGAAGACCUUAUGGAAUCCGUAGGCUUCUCAGAGGACGAGAUGAAAAGCGCAAUGGAAGACAACAAGGAAGCCCUGAUGGAGAUUCUAGAGGCACAGGAAGAAGAAGAAGAGCUAUACAGAACGUUGGCUUAUGAACACGAAAAGGAAGAAAACGAUCACCUAACUACGUUGAAUCAUGGAGAAGAUAAGGAAGAAGAGUUACACCCGACUAAAUUGCCUCACGAAGUAAAACAGGAAGAAGUGAUGGAUCUAACUACGAUGCCUCGCGAAGAAGAAAAGGAAGAAGAGGUGUGCCCAACCACACUGCCUGAUGCAGAAGUAAAGGAAGAAGUGAUUCAACCAACUAUGUUGCCUCAUGAAGAAGAGAUGACCCCAAAUACGUUGACUGAUGUAGAAGAAAAUGAUGAAGAGAUGAAACAAACUACGUUGGCUCAUGGUGAAGAAAGGUACGAAGAGAAAACCUCAACUUCGUCUACUGAUGAAGAAGAAAUGGAAGAUGUGGAAGAAAAGCCAACAAUCGCAAAGUUAUUUAAGAGAAUUCACACUACGUAAUCUGUCUUCUCAUAAAUAAACCAUCCUUUAUCCAUUAAACCUAUUUAGAUCCCUUAUGUUAUCCCUACUCAGGAACACAACUAAAAAAAGAAGCAUUAGAUAGUACUUUUUCGUGAAGACAAGAUAUUAUUGUGAUAACCAUACAAAACCUGAAAAUGUAAAAUCCUAAUUUCUGUAGUCCCUAAACUAUUCUGAAGUUGCACUAGUUCUAUUUACAUGAUGUGUUGGCUUUAUGUUACUAUUAUUGUACGCAUACAAUCAGAGACGUGUAUUUAAUAAAAUAACUUAUUAUAAAUACCAAA